GUUUGAUUGUGUUAUUUGCUGCAUUGUUUGCUGUGUUGGGCAGAGCCACAAUUGGUGCCGGUCUCGUUGGUCUCUCUGUGUCCUAUUCGAUACAAGUGACUGAAAGACUCGCUUUAUUUGUGAGAAACAUGUCUGACAUGGAGUCGAACAUUGUAGCCGUGGAAAGGAUAAGUGAAUACUCAGAAAUUAAAAAUGAGGCACCAUGGUCAAUUGCAGAAACGAAGCCAAAGUCAACAUGGCCGUCCAAAGGAGAGGUACUUUUUAAGGACUUGAAACUAAGAUAUAGAGCAGAAUUAGACCUGGUCCUGAAAGGCUUAACAUUCAGUGUGAAAAGUGGUGAAAAGAUUGGUAUAGUUGGACGGACUGGGGCUGGAAAGUCAUCAUUGACAUUAGGCCUGUUUAGAAUAAUUGAAUCUGCUGGUGGGUCCAUUACGAUAGACGGUGUAAGAAUCGAUAGAAUUGGUCUCCACGAUCUCAGGACUAAACUCACCAUCAUUCCUCAGGAUCCUGUACUGUUCUCCGGCACAUUGCGAACGAACUUAGAUCCAUUUGAUGAGCAUACAGACGAUGCCCUUUGGUCCGCACUAGAACACGCUCAUUUAGCUUCAUUUGUUAAGGAACUUCCAAAACAAUUGCUCCAUGAUUGUUCAGAGGAUGGACAGAAUUUAAGCGUUGGUCAAAAGCAGUUAGUAUGUCUGGCGCGAGCUUUGUUAAGGAGUUCAAAAAUUCUCGUCUUGGAUGAAGCUACUGCUGCCAUUGACCUAGAGACAGAUGAACUCAUCCAGAACACGAUACGCGAAGAAUUCAAAGAUUGUACUGUGUUCACGAUUGCUCAUCGCCUUAACACAGUCAUGGACUACGAUCGAAUUCUUGUCGUUGACGAUGGUCUUAUUGUGGAAUUUGAUACGCCCAGUACACUACUUAGUAAUACGGAAGGAAUUUUGUUCGCUAUGGCGCAGGACGCUGGUAUAGUUAGAUACCAUUGACAAAUAAACAGUACAAUAUACUGAUACAGAUACUAAUUGAGUUAUACAGCUACUGAUAUAAUAAAAUAAAGACACAAUUAAGUCGCAAUAAUAACCAGUCAAACGAAAAUGUGUACUGUAUACAUUUGAUGAAAAUCAUAGGUACAGUACUGAGGAAAAGAAUGAUUGGAGAUCUGGGCUGACGG